UAGAUACAGGGGGUGGCUCAUUUUACCCGCUGGUUCCAUUUACUCCGUUCUCCCCUACAUGCAUGCAUAAUAGAGCAGGGAAAAAAAAUACAAAUUCAUCAUAAGACGAAGGGAAACAUCUAUUAAAACACAGACAUAUUUUUAUGAGAUUAACAUUAAAAGUGAAUCUGCGCAUUGUAAAACUGAGAAAGAGCACUGGUAACCCCACCCGCACACAAUGGCACAUUUUCGUCGCGCAGGGAAGGUAGCGGUUUAAACGGUAUGAAAACAGCCCGGUUUGGCAUCACUGUCCAUUUCGCUAAAAUGCUUAUAAGGUUUUUUUUCAUACGAAAUGUGAGAACCAGCUAAGUGCAAUGAGCCCUGAGCCUGAAUGUAAAAACAGUCAAAAAAAAAUACAAAAAAUUAUAAAGCUAUAUCCACUACGUUACGUAGGAUAAAAAUGUCGGAACGUCAGGACCGCAGCGAAGCCUACGAUGCACUGGUCUAAAAAUUAAAAAUAUCAACGAUGCAAAAUUUAAAAAAAAAAGAAAAUCCCGAAGUGUACCUUGCCGAUCUAAAAUGAGAAGCUUGUUCUACCCCACGCGACGCCUCCCAGAUGAGGGGUUUCGUCCGCGUGCGCGUGGGUGCGCAGCUCGCUACACCGUUUUUCGUACACAGACACAGAGGGGAAAAACGACAGCAGCAGAGUAGCUCUGUACCGGAUCGACGGAGGAGGGUGCCUCUGCAGCACACAAGCUCGACUUUUGCUCGAAUUUUUGACGCGCGACCACGUUCACUGCAGCGAUUCCCGACCGUGCAACAAGUUCAGCCCAAAGAUGUUCUACACUUGUGGUCCCAAUGAAGCUAUGGUGGUGUCCGGGUUCUGCCGUUCCCCUCCCCUAAUGAUUGUUGGAGGCCGGGUGUUUGUGUUUCCCUGUAUUCAGACGAUCCAAAGGAUAUCUCUUAACACUCUGACUCUGAAUGUGAAGAGUGACAAAGUAUACACUCAACAUGGGGUGCCCAUCUCUGUCACUGGAAUUGCCCAGGUGAAGAUUCAGGGCCAGAACAAGGAGAUGUUGGCAGCAGCGUGUCAAAUGUUCAUGGGGAAGUCUGAAGGAGAGAUUGCUCAGAUUGCGCUGGAGACACUGGAAGGUCACCAGCGGGCCAUUAUCGCUCAUCUUACUGUAGAGGAAAUCUAUAAGGAUAGAAAGAAAUUCUCUGAGCAAGUGUUUAAAGUGGCCUCAUCUGACUUGGUCAACAUGGGCAUUAGUGUGGUCAGCUACACACUCAAAGACAUUCAUGAUGACCAGAACUAUCUCCACUCCUUGGGGAAGGGUCGCACAGCUCAGGUGCAGAAAGAUGCUCGCAUCGGAGAGGCUCAGAACAAGAGAGAUUCAGUCAUCAGGGAAGCCCAUGCUAUGCAGGAAAAAGUGUCUGCUCAGUACCUCAAUGAGAUUGAGAUGGCCAAAGCCCAGAGAGACUUUGAGCUGAAGAAAGCUACAUAUGACAUCGAAGUAAACACGAAGAAGGCGGAGUCAGAGAUGGCCUACCAGCUUCAGGUGGCCAAGACAAAGCAGCGCAUAGAGGAGGAGAAGAUGCAGGUACAGGUAGUGGAGAGAGCUCAACAGAUCCUGCUACAAGAGCAGGAAGUAACAAGGAAGGAGAGGGAGCUGGAGGCCAAGGUUAGGAAACCUGCAGAAGCUGAGCGAUACCGGCUGGAGAAGCUGGCUGAGGCUGAGCGCUCGCAGCUCAUUAUGGAGGCUGAGGCUGAGGCAGAAUCCAUUAGAGUGAAAGGCGAGGCAGAGGCCUUUGCAUUGGAGGCCAAGGGAAGAGCUGAAGCAGAGCAAAUGGCUAAGAAGGCAGAGGCUUUCCGAGAGUACAGGGAGGGGGCUAUGGUGGAUAUGUUGCUGGAGAAGCUGCCUCUGAUGGCAGAAGAGAUCAGCAAACCCCUUUCGGCAGUGCAGAAGGUAACCAUGAUUUCCAGCGGAGGCUCUGAAGUGGGCGCGGCCAAACUGACUGGAGAGGUGCUGGAAAUCAUGACCCGGCUGCCGGAGACCGUGGAGGGUUUGACUGGAGUCAGCAUUUCUCAGGCUGGCAGCCAUGGAGGUGAAGAGGAGCCUCAGUGAAUCGACUGAUCUCAGCAUAUCCUUGUAUUGCUCUCAUCAUUGCAUUAUCUGUCCAGUGUUUCCUCUAUCACUGUACAACAACAGGAUCUCACAAACCUACCAGAAUGGUACCUACACUUUUGUAACAGUUCAAAAAUAUAUCAUGUGGAGAAACAGUAAUAGCAAGUAAGAGCAUAAGUAAUACAGAGGGUUCUCUUUAUACGAUGACCGCUUGUUUGAGAUGAGCUACAAGUGGUACUUUGUAUUGCACGGGCGAUGACCAGGUAUGCUACUGAACAGUAUUGCACAGUAUUGUUACUGUACUGUGUUACUGUAUUAAUGUAUGUGGUAAGCAGGUACCUGACCACACCUAAUCCCUACCCUGGUCAGCAGCCACAUCCGAUUCGAGAAAUGAGCACCAGUUGUAGACUGUUAGGGUGAUGGAGAGACUCUUUAAAUGAAAAUAGAAGAAGGAGUGGCAGGGGCUUGGAGGGGUUUGAGUGUGCGAGAGAGGAAUUUCUAAAGUGCUUAGAAAGCUUUGGGGACUAAUUUUAUCUGAAUGUGAGGGUUGACGAUGGGAACUGUUAGAGUAUUAGCUGGUAAAAUUGAUUGUAUUGGACAAAAAAAAAAAGGUUUGGCUUCUGACUUUGGGUUUUAAUUGUUUUGCUUUCCACUUUCUUCUUGAUUCUUGGUAGCUUGUUCUUUUAUUAUUUGGUGCCAGAAAGGCUUUUUUUUUUUUUUCUUUAACUAGUUUUGAUUUCAUGUACCUUGUCAACAUGCCAUUGUGUCUGCAUACCGCAAUGCAUUAGUAAUGCGGUAAAUUGCCUCACUGCCGGCAAUUCUUCCAACAACCGUACCGAAUUCAACAAGAACCUAAAUUCUUAAUUUAAGAGGAAGAGCUGUAAUCAUUACCACAAAUGAAACGUAAAACGUAAGUGAACGCAACGAAAAUGGCAAAGACGGCCAUGCCUAAAGAGAACUGAGGUGCUGUUGUUGAUGCUUAUGCUGCCUUGGCUGUUAUAUGCGUUCCGUUGCACUUAGGAUUUUUCUGCUCUUUGUCAGAAGAGUGUAUCCAUAUCUACUGAAUGGGCAAACUGCAGGACAAAGAAUUGUUGGAUAAAGAGAACCCACUGUAAUACAUCAAUAUUUUACAUGCAGACGUGGAAGCAAACAAGUAUCUCCUGGUCCGUUAAAUCGAAAAAAUCCGAUUUUUCUGUCUAAUCUGUCCUGCUAUUCAAAACAUUGCGUACGCACUCUAAUCUCUUUUGGGUUGUGCAUGUGUAAAGUGUGUGCCACAGCAUUAGAGUGGAUAGUUUUGUCUGCAUUUUAAUAUCAGGAAGUUCCUGAAACUCAUUCAGCCCAAGUGUGCAGUGCAUAUCCUUUGUCUGUGUGUCUUCCUUGCCCCUGUCUCCUUGCACCAGUCCUUCACUGGCUGUCUGUUUCUUUGCAUUGCACUGAUAUAUUGCAUGCAUCUGUUGCCUUGAAGUCAAACCAGAAGUGCAUCUUAAAUACCAGUCAAGUCCAAGCAUAUAUUUCCCCCCUCCUUACCAAAGAGGCAAAUAAAAUGUGAUGGCCGUGAAGGUAAUGGAUGUCUUUUUACAUUUUUGUAAAAUGUUUAUCUAUUUAUUGUUAUAUCUAAACUAUUGUGUCACUUGCAAUGUGGGCAUGAAAUAUAGCAGCAGCUAGUAGUGUAGUAGUUAGAGCUGCUGGCUUUGGAUCCCAGGGUCACUGGUUUGAAGCCCAGCUGUAGUAGCCUUGAGCAAAAUAUUUAUCCCAAAUUGCUCCAGUAAAUUACCCA